UAAUUACGUCACAGCGUGCGUAUCCAAUCCCAACGCAGCACCUUAGGACACCGCCAAGAUUAGUUUGAUGGCUAACUCAACAAUAUCAUAUAGCUGGUCCUGUAGUGUCUCUGCUAGCUGGUGUACAUAGCAAGCGCGCUAGCCGGUCUCACACCAUCACCACCACCACCACCACCACCACCACCACAACCACACACAGCCUGCACUGAAGUAGCAGAUCAAGAUAAAAAACUUAUAAUGACAACACGAAGUGUGGAAACAUAGCUGAGGGAAAGCAGACCGGACGCAGAGCCGUGCAGCGGAGACGACGCAAGACACAAACAUGAUGGCAAGAGAUGAAGAAGGCAUGAAAGAAACCAGUGGAGAGCUGAAGGUUUUUUCCACUCAGAACGUGAGUCCUGGAACAGGUACUGUGCUGUCUUUCGUAACUGUCCAUCCUUCUUCUGUUACCGGAGUGAAGCAGAUAAUGCCUAAAGCGCUCGGUGCCCCCGGCCUUAACGUGCUUUCACACGUGCUGAUCAGUACUCCUCAGAGACCCACCGCUCCUGCCGGUGCCACUCUGUUAACCAGCCCCAGAACUCCCAGCGCUCAGUUCCUCACACCACAGACACACACGUGUGACUCUUCACCCUGGUCCAGUGGCCGCGGCAGUAGAAGAGGGGACAAGAACGGGAAAGGCUUGAGACACUUCUCCAUGAAGGUAUGCGAGAAGGUUCAGAAGAAAGGCGUGACCUCCUAUAACGAGGUCGCAGACGAGCUGGUGACCGAGCUGAGUUCUGGAGACAACAUCUCUCCAAAUGAAUCUCACGUUUAUGACCAGAAGAACAUUCGGAGGCGAGUAUACGAUGCACUAAAUGUCUUAAUGGCAAUGAACAUCAUCUCCAAAGACAAGAAGGAAAUCAAAUGGAUCGGCUUCCCGACCAAUUCUGCUCAGGAGUGCAAGGAUCUGGAGGUCGAGCGCCAGAGACGACUUGAAAGAAUAAAGCAGAAACAGUCUCAGCUUCAAGAGCUUAUACUCCAGCAAAUAGCCUUCAAGCGCCUGGUACAAAGGAAUCGUGAGGCAGAGAAGAAGAACCACAGACCUCCUUCCAACACAGUCAUCCACCUCCCCUUCAUCAUCGUGAACACCAGCAAGAAUACUGUCAUCGACUGCAGCAUCUCAAAUGACAAGUUUGAGUACCUGUUUAACUUUGACAACAUGUUUGAGAUCCAUGAUGACAUCGAGGUGCUGAAGCGCAUGGGCAUGGCGCUCGGGCUCGACUCGGGAAAAUGUACAGCAGAAAAUCUGAAGAUAGCCCGGACCUUAAUACCUAAAGCUCUGGAACCCUUUUUGUCAGAUAUGGCACAGGGAGUCCACAAGCAGCCCAAUGGAGGUUAUGCUCGCACAAACAGCGACAACGUAGCUGUUGGCAACGUGGCGUCCAGCUCCAACAGCUCGUACCACGGCAGCUCUCGCGAUACUCCAGCAUCCUUCCUGGAAGACGAGGAGGAGGACGAAGAUGAGGACGAGGAGGAUUUCGAUGAGGACGAUGAGGAAGAUUAACUUGUUUGAUUUGCCUUUCCUCUGUCGGCACCACCUACAGCACGGUGGUGUUUGUGAGUGAGGUGCAGAAAGUGAAGUUUCUCUGCUUCUGUGACCUGAAAAUCCUCAUGAGGUUGUAUUUUCUAGCAGCCCUUUACAGUCUACUGGGGAAAUGCAGCUGCCUUGUAAAGGACCUCUGUGGUGUUUCCCGAAUUAUUUUAUUAUUAUAGUUCUAAUUGUUUUUCCCUCCCUUGUGUAACCCUGUCACUGUUUAUGGUUCUGUUGGAAGGUUAGACUUAAUUCUCAUGUGAUUCUCUGCCUAGAAUUUCUCCACUGUGACCAUCAAUUUAAUUCAAUUUAAUUUAAAAUGUCACUUUUCCUGUCCGAAGAUUCGUACAUGAAUUUAUUUGGAUGGCCUCCUAACCUUCAGCUUGUUUAUUUUUCCCCCCCAUUUAACCUUUACUUAAUUUCAAACAGACAAUUUAUUUUAUUUUUAUUUUUUAUUUUUAGAGUGAACAUUUUCUGCCAAGUGUCUCAUUAUAACAAACGUAUGUUUUGUAAUUCCAAAGGCUAGUUAAAUGAACAUUAAAUUUUCUGCAAGUGUUCAUUUUUUAUGUAAAUUCCUUUUUUACAAUUAUUUUUUAAAGAAGAACAAAAAUCCUUCAGAUUAUAUACAUUUUAUAUGAAUGGUUCAUAUUCUUCUCUGUUAUUUCAAGAAGGGCUAAGAAAAGCAUGAGGUAUUUGUAAUCUGUUAUUCAUAUCUUUAUUUGAAGACAGUGUGUUAAUUUAAAAUGUUACACAGGUUAAUUAAUACAUUUUUUUGGGCAAGUGAAUACAAAUAGUUAUUUUUUAUUUUUAUUUUUUUUUUAAAGAUCUCAAAUACAAAGGUUGAUUUGCAGAGCAAGUGUGUUUUGUGUGUUAUGGAUACAUAAUGGAAUGAAAUGGAAAAUAAAAAAAAAAAAAAAAAGGCAGAAAUGUAAUAUUGAAUAUGGCUAGCUUAAAGCGUUUAAAUGAAAAAUCACUUUGCCUUCAAAGGGAUCGUAGAAGUUCUGAUAAGCGAUGUUGUUGGCCAUCACCCUGCACUGGAUCACCGCAUGCCUCUGGUUAACAAGAUCAAAUUUCACAGCCACCAGCGGAUUCACGUAGUGUGGCUAGGAGAGAACAUACGAGUUCAUUGAGACGUGUCAUUUACAGAGAUCUACAGUGAUGGAGCAGAAUGCACGUUAAAGGCUCUGUACCUGGGCCAGCUUGCCGUAGUACGGAAAAUACGAAAGGUCGAAUGAUCCGUUAACGGGGUAGUACUCAUAGCCACGAACGUUGUCUUGACCAUCCUGCAAACACACACACGCUUCCCGUUAGACUUAUACUUGCUUUGCGUCGGUCAAUCCUCUAAUAUGGUCCACACUAACCAGCACUGUGCAGUUCAAGUAUGGUGCAUUUCCUGUUCCGUUGUUUGGCAUGAAAUGGAUGACCUGAGAACAAAAGACGAGUUUCUCAGACUCACUGUUAGGCAGCAUUUGGAUUAUUUCUCAAUCGAUUUUUACUUUACCCUGUUCAUCUUGAUGAUUACACACGGCUGGUUGGUGUUGUAACCGAACGUGGGGUCACUAAUGCCGGAACAGUUACCCAGUGCGCUUUGGUAGAAAGGACAGGACCACUUAGUAUGUUUUGGAGCGUCGAACAUGUGUUGGACGAAGUACUUGCCAGUAGUACAGUUGUAAUAAUUGCACUGUGCCUGUUUGGUAUCAUUGUACGCUGCAUUAAAGGAACGGAAAAAAAAAACGAUUCAUCGUUGGACCGUAAUCAUAUUUGGAGUUUAUAUAUAUAAACAGUAGAUACGUACGUUCAAGGAGGUUCUUAAGAAUUUUGGACAUCUUCAUCCAGUUUUUCUUAUCAGACAUAUUGUAGUUGAUCUCUAGCGUUUCGUCGUUGUAUGUAUCCGGCCAAGCCAUUACUCCUAUAAAAAGACAGUGUCAUCUGUAUGUAUGUUUCAUAAUCAUAUUUUCUUGCACAGUAUAAAUUAUAACGAAGGAGAUUUAACGGUUUGUUAACCUGGCGAUUUUAAUCGAUCCUGGUAGUCCGGGGUGUACGGGUCCAGUGUGUACAUGAGUACGUAGAUGGCCAGGGAAAACAAGGCUGUCAUCACCACAUAAAAUGCAACGUAAUACAAGCUGAUGUACACUGAAAUAGAGGUGUAUACAUUGUUU